AUGAACCAGAAUGGUGAUAAAAGCGAAAGUAAACUGUUUCAAUUACCAUCAUUGCCGCCCUGGAGGACACCAAGGUUCAACAAAGUAAACUUUAACAACUUCACCACACCGCUAAGGAAAAGAUCGACAAGAAUAAUAAGUAAUGAUCCGAUACCCAUAACGAAUAAGGUGUUAGAGGAGAAAAGUGCGGAUGACGUGUAUGGAAUGGACAUGGAUGAGGAUGAGGUUGAUGACCUCGAUAGUUUGACCCAUAUCGAAGAAGAGAAAGCAUAUGAUUACGCACCAUUUUGCGGCCGUAAUACAUUAAGAGAAAGCAAAAUCGAUAAUUUUUUGCGGGCUGAAAGGGCAGCACAUUGUCUUGUAUUCCACAAACAGGGCCAUCUUGAUGGUACAGACACCUAUCGACCAGAUAUCGAUGUGAUGUGCGGUGGUGAAAAGCCCGAUGCGCAUGAGAACGACAACCCAGACGACAGUGCUGCAAUGCUGCUGGAGAGCAUACCUGGAUGUAGUAAAGAAGACCUGAGGAAGCUGUCGAGGCGAGAGUUUGUGACAAGUUCGAGGCCGAACAUGAGACGGCUGGAUGACAUAAUAAACCAUGAAACAAACGCAUUGAAAGAUUUUUGGAACGACUCGGAUCUGGUCAGUUCUUUGCAAAGUCACCAUUUACACGAAGAGUAUCUGCUCUUGCAAGAAGAGUUGAAGAACGUUUACAAGAUCCAAUGUCAUGAGAGGGUUCCCAUAGAAAGUCUGCGGGAUAAGUGCAGAAGACAUUAUAACAAUGACGAUAGCUCAUUUCUUUAA